CUCAGAUGAAAAUCAGUCUCAUCAUUUUGAGUGCUUUUGAUUUUGUUUUGUUUUUUUUUCAUUCAAUUUUUGGAAAACAAUUAAACUUGAUUUACUUUUGGUUCGUUUAUUAUUAUUAUUGUUUGUUAAUUGUUGUCACAAUGAAGAGACGGUUAUUGUUAUUGUCCAAUUCAACGCUCUUUGGCCAGUCUUACUUUGAAUGGAGUAAAUCAAUUGUCAACGAUUUUCUUGGUUCCAGUGUUGAGACAAUUUUGUUUAUCCCUUUUGCUGGUGUUACUAUUUCAUGGGAUGAAUAUAAGAAUUUAGUUUCCAAGGCUUUGGAUAGAUAUAAGAUUCAAGGAAUUCAUGAGGUCGAGGAUAUGGUCCAGGCCGUGAAUAGCGCUCAGGUCAUUUGUAUCGGUGGUGGAAAUACUUUUAAUUUACUCUACAAACUUCAGGAAAACAAUUUAAUCUCUAUCAUCAGAAAACGGAUUCUUGAGGAUGGAAUACCUUAUAUCGGCUGGUCGGCUGGUUCUAAUGUGGCCUGUGUUGAUAUUGGAACGACUAAUGAUAUGCCCGUUAUUUGGCCUUCCACUGAUUCGGCUUUGAAUCUUUUCCCGUAUAAUCUUAACCCUCAUUACACCGAGGCCACAAUUCCUAAUAUCAAUGGGGAAUCCCGGAUAACCCGACUCAACGAAGCUUUUGAAGUUAAACAAAGGUCAAUUGUCGCUCUUCCCGAAGGAACUGGAAUCAAGGUUGAAAAUGGAAAAUUUCAAUUCUUUCGAACUGAAUUACCUCAAUAUCUUCCACUUACCGUUAAGGUUUGGAAGAAGGUUAAAAAUUCAAAGAAACCUGAGAUUCUGGAAUAUCCCAUGGAAGAGAAACAAAGUGAUUGGAAACAACUUGAUAUCUUUUCUUAAUCAGUUGAUUAACAGAAUAUCAAAUUAGAUCAAUAACUUUCGAAAUAAACAUUUGUCUUACAUCCAAAUCAACGCUACCAAUUAAAUUGGAAACAAUCAGGUCAAUCUGGUGAUUAUUCAUCAGAAUUUCAAUCGACUACAAUAACGAUUAGUUUGGUUGCUUAUGUUAAACACUAAUUAGAUCCUCUAAUUAAAUGAUUAACCAGAGAUUCCAGAUAAAUUCUGAUAAUUAUCUUGUUUCUGUUGAUACAAUUAAAUACCUUUGAACGUUUGA